AUGAGUUUGAGCACUAAUAAUGCCAAACCGAAAUCGAUUUUGAAGAAUAAAGGAAAAUCAAAAGUUACAAAAGAAAUACCUAUAGCGAAAGAAAUUUCAUCAGAAGAAUCAAGUUCAAAUGAUGCAAGCUUGGAAGAAGAUGAUGAUGAACAAAGUGAAUUGGAAGGAUUAUCAGACUUGGAUGAAGAUGACGAAGUAGAUGUUGGGUUGGUGUCUAGUGAAGAAGAUGAUAAUUCAGAUGAAGUAGAAGAAGAGGAAGAAGAAGAUGAAACUUUUCCAUUAAAGAAGAAGCAGAAGAAGAAUAAGGAUGACGGAUCAGAAUCAUUUGCAAAUGCUUUCAGUUCAAUUGUUAAUUCUAAAAUUAAAGCAUAUGAUAGAAAAGAUCCAAUAUUAGCUAGAAAUAAAGUUACAUUGAAAAAACUCGAGAGUGAAAAAUUAGAGAAUAAAGCUAAAAAAGCUAUCUUAGCGGAAAAGAAACAAUUUCAGGAUAAACAUAGAGUAAAACAAUUACUACCAGUAUCAAUUGAUGAUUCGAAUGAAAACGUACGAAUUGCAUUAACGAAAGAAAAAAAUAUGAAAAAAAUUGCUCAAAAGGGUGUUGUUAAAUUAUUCAACGCGGUUUUAUCAACUCAAAUCAAGACUAAUUUGGAAGUCAAUGGUACAAAAAUGGGUGUUAGUAAAAAGGAAGACUUGAUGACUGAUGUUUCGAAAGAAAAAUUCUUAGAUUUAAUUGCAGCAGCAGGUGGAGAAGAUUAA